CCUGAUAGAGGUGUUGAAUACGCGGUCGUUGGAUGAUUCCUACGUCAACUCACCGUUUGGUCUAGAUUAUUCUGGAACCCCGACGGCAGAGGCAAAUCCGGCUCUAGCCUGCGCGCCUUUUGCUGGAACGCUAUUCGUGGUCGCGCGACCUUUAACCCCCUGGGAAUCUUGUCCCUCUUUCCUCUCUCGUUUUCCAUCCGCCUCUCCGCCGACGAAUCGCAAACCAGGCGGCGAGGUUUCAUCCGCUCCCGUUAAAGAAUCAAUCAGAUACCUGGGCAGAGCCAACAUAUCAUGGCAGAUCACCACCCCAACGAAGGACCUUCCACAAGCAAUGUUUCUGGGGAAACAUCUGAUUCAAGUGUGCAGCUCAAUGUGAAGACUUUAGAUUCACAAAUUUACAGUUUCCUGGUGGACAAGAAAAUGCCAGUUCUAGCUUUCAAGGAGAAAAUAGCUAGUCAGGUUGGUGUUCCAGUCAAUCAGCAGAGACUGAUUUUUCGAGGAAGGGUGUUGAAGGAUGAACAUCUCCUCUCUGAAUAUCAGGUUGAGAAUGGUCAUACAUUGCAUUUGGUUGUGAGGCAGUCAGCACAAACACAACCUUCAUCCGAGACAAGCUCCGGAGACGCAAGAGGUAAUCCUUGGAAUGAUGCUAGUUAUGGUGGCCUCGGAAACCGCCCUGGCCAGAUUCCACACAGUGUUUUGCUGGGGACAUUUAGCGUUGCAGAUCAAGGUGACGGUAUGGUUCCAGAUCUAAAUAGGGUUAUUGGGUCUGUGUUGAACUCAAUAGGGAUUGGCGGACUGGCUGGCACUGCUGGCAUGGGCAGCAUGCAGUUCCCACCUAUGCCUAAUGCUACUAGCCAGACUCAUCAAGGUAAUGGAACCAGUGGAAAUGUUGGUGGUCAGAAUCAAGCCGGAAAUCCAGCACAGGCGGGUAAUACAUUCCAAUCCCAGCCUCAAGUUGUGCAGAUUCCUCUUGCUACAUCAGUACCCAUUCCUUCAUUUCAUUCGCCAAUUCCUGAUUCUCUGAAUACCAUCUCUGAAUUUUUGAGUCGGAUGGAGCAAGUACUUGCCCAAAAUGGGUCUCAGCAGGGUACCGCUUCAACAACUUCAGGAGUCCCUCCAAGGGUUGAGUCACCUUCUAAUGUGCAGGGGCUACCUGCACUUGAAGCUUUAAGCACCGUCUUGCGACAAGCCGAAAGGCUUCUUAGUGAGCAUGCGGUGGCUUCAUUGUCUAAUCUUGCAGGACGCCUGGAAGGAGAGGGGACUUCUCCUGAUCUCAGUAUCAGGAGCCAAAUCCAAACAGAAACUGUGCAAUCUGGUCUUGCAAUGCAACAUCUUGGUGCACUGUUUUUGGAACUGGGUCGCACAUUGUUAACAUUCCGUAUGGGGCAAUCUCCUGGAGAGUCCUCUAUACACUCUGGGCCUGCAGUUUAUAUAUCUCCAUCCGGGCCUAACACCAUAAUGGCCCAGCCAUUUCCUCUGCAAACUCAAUCUCUGUUCGGUGGCAUUAGUGGCCAAUCAAGUGCUGUUCCAUUUGCUCCUGUUGGUGUUGGAAAUGCCCCAAGGCAUGUAAAUAUACACAUACAUGCUGGUAAGCGCACAACAAUGGCAUCUGUUCUACCGACAAUGGGUGUCAGGGCAAAUAGUGGCGAACCUGGAACUGCCCAAGGGAGGGUACCUGGCAGAAGCGCUGCUGCUGCAGUGCCUGCACAAACUCGUGGGAUUCCAGUCUCAGAUACUGCACAACCAGAUAGAGGUGAUGUAGCACCUGAUUUGGGACACAUGUCUUCUAUGGUUUCUUCGAUCAAUUCUAGGUUGAGAGAUCUUAUGGCAAAUUUUCCAGGACAGCCAAUAACUGUACCAGGAUCUGAAGAAUCUGCUGCUGGUACUGCUAUUGGUGGAGAACAACAACCUGCAUUGGCCACUGAUCGAGCUGUUGAGUCAAGUGGGUCCUUGCCUGAUCUCGUAUCUGAAGGUGACACUAAGAAGAUGCAAGAUGAAAAUGUGCAAAUCAACAAGAAUGAGGAGAAAAAUGAUCUUAAUACUUCCGUUAAAGAUGUGUCCUCUAGUUCAGUGGGAUCUUCACUGAAGAAGGAAGAAGCUUCUGAAAAUGUUCCAAGUGCUAGUGCAAGACAUGAUCCUCCAGAGGGUGCUAAGGCUGCCCCUCUUGGGUUGGGUUUGGGGAGUUUGGACCGUAAGAAGCGAGUUAAGCAGCAAAAACCCUCAGCCACUACAGAUGGCACCCAAAUAGCACAGCAACUCUUACAGACACUUAGCUCCCGAAGCUCCGCUCCUAUCUCAGCUUCAACAGAUGCGCCCUCAGGUCAAACCACUCUUCCCGUUGUCGGGAUCCGUGAGGGCGUAGCAGACCAUGACUCUGAUGUACAGGUCGAUGCUGCUACUGCCAUGUCGCAAGCUCUACGAAGCCCUGGUUUUGAUAAUUUGUUGGCAGGGGUCUCUGAGCAGACUGGUUUCGGUUCUCCCGAUAUCCUGAGAAACAUGAUGCAGGGGCUCACUCAGAACCCCCAGAUCAUGAAUGCUGUCAGUCAAAUCGCUCAGCAGGUUGACACCCAAGAUAUUGGGGACAUGUUUUCUGGUGCCGGGAGAGGCCAAGGUGGUGGCGGUUUUGAUCUCUCGAGGAUGGUUCAACAGAUGAUGCCUGUUGUUUCCCAAGUUCUGGGGCAAGGAUCUGCUGUGCCACGAGCAUUCCCAAUCCCACAGCCUGUGCCUGAAAGGAUUACGUCUCGAGAACCCAGUGAUCAGAGUGUCCAGAUGGACCUGCAUGCUGUGACUCAGAGAAUUGAGCAUGGUGAUGCACCUGAAGACAUAUUUCGUGCUAUGGCCGAAAAUGCAGCUAGGUUGAGUGGCAAUGAUGGUGCAAGUGCACAGGAUUUGAGCAACAGUGAGGAUCUAGUCAAUGAAUAUUUGGAGUUACUACGCCGGGACAUAAGAAGGCGUUGUGAGGGUGACUCUGAUUGAGGCAGUUGUUGAUCUCGUUCGUUAGGCAAGGAACCUUGAACAUAUCUGUUUAGGUUCAACCAAAAUCCGUGGCCUUGCUCUGCUUAACUGAACAAAACUAGAAGCCUUUUGAUGAUACGGUUAGGCUCCAGCCCCCUGGGUAUUUAGUUUAUUAGAUUCCAGUCGUGGUAUGCUUUUGGAUUGGCUGUAUAAUUUCAGCACGAUACAAGGUGGAGAGGGUUGGCAGCCAUUUCGUUUUAAAAAUGCUUGAAGCUGUUUGUUUGAUAGUAUUUUGAUCGAUCUUUUGCUGCAAAUUCUUUUCGGUUGUGACGCAACACAAGAACUGGAAUUCGUUCGAAUAGACUCUAGCUUCCUUGUAUUCACUACUACUUUUGGUUCCAACAUAACCUGCCUUUUGGACACCAUUUCAGCCAUGGAAAUAGAUUUCUUCACAUAUAUUCUUAGCCACCGAGUUGAUUUCGAAA